UUUAAAAAAAAAAAAAAACAUCAACCUGAAAACAAGAACAAGUUGCUCUUUCUUCAGAAAAUCACUUUAUUUCAUCAAGUUUACAAUCAAGUUUAUUGGACAGAUCAGUGUCUGUCCUGUGAUUGGUGGCUUCCUGUCCAACAGGAAGUUGUAAACAGAGUUUAAAAGCUGCUGUAGGGCAGCAGACGUUCACAGGAAGCUGGACCAGCAAUGGCUCUGCUGAAGGUUCUGCUGCUGCUGCUGCUGCUGGGGCUGGGUGAGUCGGACACACUGGAGACACUGGAGACACUGGACACACUGGAGACACUUCCACUGGUUCCAGGGAGGCUGCUGCUCUCUGUGACUCUCAAACUUCCCUCUGAUUCUGUUUCAGACUGAAACUUCUUUGCAUAUAAAGUGUGAUGCGUUUUAAUCUUUAACUGUUUAUCCCUUUUCUGUCCCAGCAGUCAUGCUUGCACCUGAUUUCUGAGUAAAGUCCUCCUUUUUCCUCUUCAGGCGUCUCAGUGAACUCAGAUGUUUCUCUGCAGAAGAGAAUCAUUGGCGCUCAUGACUAUGACGACACAUAUUGUUCUCCUGCGGCGCAGCAAAGGUACAGAAAGGUUCCGCUGUGGAGGAUCUCUGAUCCACUCUGAGUGGAUCCUGACUGCAGCUCACUGCUGGAAGUCGGAGCCAGGCUGGACUAACGUAGCGAUGUUAAAAGUUCAUCCACGGUCUGCUGGGCAGCAGGAUCAAGUAAUCCGUCACGAUCCUGUGGUGUACACUCGCCACGGCCAGCGGCAUGACAUCAUGUUGCUGAAGCUUCAGACACCGGUAACAGAUGUCCCACCUGCUCAGCUACCAAGAUGCAAUAAUCGUCUUAAAAAAGACGAUGUUGUUCAGCUGGCAGGAGAGGGAGCAACGACCACCGGCCCCAAUAAUCAGCGAUUAACCAAACUUCCUCCUGUUCCAUCACAUCUUCAGUGUGUCGACAUGAAAGUUGAUGCUGUUUCCCGCUUCAUGCCGAGACACGGGCAUAUAUUUCUUACUUCAGCACCGAACAAGGAUGCAUGUAUUGGCGACUCUGGUGGAGCAGUGGUGUACAACAACAUGAUUUAUGGUGUAAUUUGUUUAGGCGGAAGCGCUCCAUGUCAGAAACCAACUGUAAUCAUAGAUGUGUGUCAAUACAUGGACUGGAUAAAACAAACAACUGGCCUUAAAUAAAACCCUCAUCAGAUUUCCUCUCAGAUGUAAUUUUGCAGUUGUACCUUCAUCAGUUUGUCCCACAUGUUUGUAGAAUUAGGAUAAAUUAAUAGUUGUUUUUUUUUUUCUGUCACCUGACCUUGACCUCCCUAAUGGAGAUUUC